UUUUGUGCUAUUAUUCUAUUUGAGUUAAUUUGUUAUUUGUUGGCUUGUCGCUGAGUAAAAUUAGUUAAACUUAAAAACUUGUGCUCUUCAACUGGAUCCGGCUCUGAUUGAUGCUAGAAGAAGGGUUGGGUUUUCAGUUGAAAUCCCGGAUGAAUAAGCUUGUUUGCGGCGCCAAUGUUGCGAAAUAAUAGCCUCAGCUAAAGCUCAUAAGAAAAUUGUUGAAAAGCUCUGAAAUUUCACUCUGUUAUUCUCUUGGAGUUGGGAUGUGGCAUUCUAGGGAAGAUCGAAACGGCGUUGUCGUUGAAGUUCAUCUUCAGAGCUGAGCGAGUGUUGUAUUUGGUUGAAGUUUUCUUCAAGCUCAAAUAGUGUGUUCCCCCCUCCCAUCUCUUCGUUACCUCAAAAAGCUAAUAUGGCGGUUGCACCCUAUAUCAACGCUGCUGCACCUCCUAGUUGCGCCACAAAACUCUACUCUGGGUUGAAACUUCAAUCUCUAAGUAUCCCUAAUUCCCUUGCGUGUAAACCUAAUGUCUCCGCUGAGUUCUACGGAAAAGUUCACAAGAGUCUGCAUUGCGGGUAUGCUAAUCACAAACCAGCAAGGGCACAAAUUCAGAUGAUGCCCAUAGGGACCCCUAGAGUUCCCUAUAGGACACCUGGUGAAGGAACUUGGCAAUGGGUUGAUUUGUGGAAUGCCCUUGUAAAGGGUUAUUGGAUGCAGUAUCGAGAGCGUGUUCUCUUCAUUGGACAAAACAUAGAUGAAGAAUUUAGUAACCAAGUAUUGGCAACCAUGCUGUAUCUUGACAGUAUAGAUAAUGCCAAGAGGAUGUAUAUGUACAUCAAUGGUCCUGGUGGAGAUCUUACACCAAGCUUGGCUAUCUAUGACACUAUGCAGAGCUUGCAAAGUCCUGUAACCACCCAUUGUGUUGGCUAUGCCUAUAAUCUUGCAGCAUUUCUUCUUGCAGCUGGAGAAAAGGGCAACCGCUUUGCAAUGCCUCUUUCCAGAGUUGCUCUGCAAUCUCCAGCGGGAGCUGCUCGGGGUCAGGCUGAUGACAUCCGCAAUGAAGCAAAUGAGCUUUUAAGAAUCAGAGAUUACCUCUUUAACGAGUUGGCUAAGAAAACAGGCCAGCCUGUUGAGAGGAUCACCCAAGACCUGGGCAGGAUGAAACGGUUCAACGCACAGGAGGCUCUUGAUUAUGGGCUUAUUGAUCGAAUUGUGAGGCCACCACGCAUUAAGGCUGAUGCGCCUAACAAGGAGGCAGGAACAGGCCUUGGUUAAGAACUCAUGGUUUGUCACCCAGCCAGAGUACUCAUAAUAUUACAGAACCAGGAUUGUUUCUCGUGUUUUAUUUAUCUCCUUAAUUAUUUUCAGGAAUAUGUAUAAUAUUUGAAUAGUUAGAAAUUGUUGGCAAAGAUAAUUGGUUCUUGUUCAGAAAUGGAUGAAUUCAACUUGUUGAAAGCAGUAAAUAAUGCAGUUGAAGCUUUAAGUUCGUAA